GCCAGCCUCCAUCUGAAGCACACAGUGAGCGUCAGGGUUCGAUUGGUGUGCUUUAAUAUCCUUAACGUCAUCCAACUCCAAUUCAAUUUCAUUUUCCUGCGAAAUUUAAUGAAUUUGUUCAAUUUUGCAGCUACCUCGUUAAGUGUUGCGAAGCUAGAACGAUAAGAACAACAGCGCUCCGCGGCGCAAUCAAACUGUACUGCAAAAGUGUGGAAAUUUAUGUCGUGAAACUUGUGGUGUAUAGUAGUGGUCAGCAGCUUAAGUGAUUAAAAAUUCAUCGGACGAUACUCGUUCUUGACAGCGUUUUGCGUCCUUUUCUGUAAAACUCUGGAUGCCAUUGUCGUUCUGGGUGGGAAGGAACGAAGGAACGAUGAACGCCAGGACUGUGGCCAGCGCAGCAGCAUUAUAACCGUUUGCCGACACGACGCUCUCUGUGCGGCAAUCCGGCCUUUUCCUGGUUUUCCAACGUACAACGCGGUUAGUGAAGCGAAAUGGGCAGUUUACCAAACUUAAGUGAUCUUUCUUCGGAAAAGCUCGAAAGAAGGCUCGAGGAGCGGGAGCGCAUUCUCGCCCGUGAACGUAUAAUCGAGCGGGACUUUGGCCGGGAGAAGGACUCCGUUCGAACGCUUGAGCGUCCUAUGCUGGUGCACAAGCAGCAGAUUGCUGCCGCAAAGAACUUCUUCCAACAGAAAUGUCCUCCGGGAGCACGCAAAGUGAUGCGAACGCGCAGUUCUGGCCAAGCGCAUCACAUCUGGGACGAUCCCAUCAUAGACCAAUAUCUGACAAACUACUCGCCAGCCUCGAACCGUAGCCAUCGGAUCUCCCUCGGACCGACCCUGGCACCGGCAUAUCAGUUUCAGUCCUCGUCGCUCGGCAAUCGACGCCGGGAUUCGGUGAACAGCUCGAUCGGUGCUACCUCGGUGCGAAAGCUGCUAACGGUCCAGAACCGUAGCUAUGGCUGCCGGCACAAGGUUCCGACGCACGUUCGUUCGAAGGUGACGAAGAACUUCAUCCUGGUGACGGUAGCGCAUGGGCUCAUGUGUGGCGCAUUGGUACCGCUGGUCGUACUGCAAGGUUCGAACUCGACCUGGUUCCAGCAGGAAUCGUGGCUUGCGGCCGGUCCGGACGUUGGCUCGGGCUUGCUUGCCCUUUGCUUUGCGAUAACGGCGGCCAUGUGUCUGGCGACGACACGCUUAGUGCAACGCUUCGGUUACUCGAUCGUCCUGACGGCUAGCUACGGUGUGUUGUGUCUGUUUCUGGCCGCCCAUAUCUACCCGGUUCUGCUCUCCCUUGUACCGGGCUAUCUGUUGCUAGGACUACUCCUUGGCCCUACGGUGAUCUGCAAGCAAGCGUUGCUGGUAUCGAUGGCUGGGAAGCUGAGUUGCUCACAGCCGGAAUGUGGCGGCACCAGUACGGCCGGUAUCGGUGCGGACAGUUACGACGAUCAUCGGUUGUUGUGUAGCCGAGAGGAGCAGGUCCGACGGCUUGGCCGGUGGUUUCGGGCGGCCGGUGACUUCGGUAUUAUUGUCGGUACGAUCGUAGCUGCAUUCGUUCUGACCUGUGCUUCUGGUUCGAACCGUAUCGGAUGUUACUAUGUGUCCCGGGCAUCAUCAGACGCAGCGGGUGUUCCGUCCAGUGGGGCAGUCCCGUUUGGGGCUGUCAAUGGAACCCUUCAUCCUAACACCUCAGUGACCUCAGCAGUGAACCCCGGACGACCGACGGUACUCGGUCCAAACUUGCCACCGGAACGGGAUAUUCUAAUGUCUCUGCCGGAUGAUGAUACGGAGGCACCGCCUACGGUGUCAGUUACGGUUGCACCAGUACCAUCACCGAAGCCUACCAAUCCAUCGCCCGCAGUACCCAAGACAGUCACUCCAUCGAUGCCGACGUUGCGCGAAACGAUGUACUAUCUGUACAACAUACGGCUACCGGAACCGGCCGGUGCUAUCCAGUAUUUGGAUCGCUUUCCGUACAGCAUGUACGAGAUGAAUGAUAAUGGCGAACGGAUCUGUGGUUCGCACCUGUGCCCGGUCUGGGACCGGAACAUACCGGUCAAUGGAUCAACGGUGGAAAGCGAUGCCAAAUCGCGUGGCUACACAGGUGCGGUUCAAUUGAUGGGCGUUUAUCUGGUGUUUGGUGUGCUGGCCUUCCUGGUAACUGCCUUUACCGCGGACUAUGAAUUCAAUGUGAAGUUCGACUCGAUCCGGCGUAUGUCCGACACGCUGCUGUUCGCUGGGCCGCUGGCGUACUUUGUCGGUACCGAACAGGCUUAUAUGAUGGCGGACUUUAUGAAGGCCUUUGUGGCGUGUGAGCUGGGACCGAACAGUGUCGCCGGGGUGAUGAUCGGAAUGGGUGUGAUGCAGCUGAUUGCCGCCUGUACUCUUAGUAUGUUGCUGCGGCACACCAAGCGCGUCAUCGUGAUAGUGGCCGGAUUCAUGUUCCAUGCCUGCCUGCUGCUGGUAUUGCUGCGCUGGAAACCGUCGCGCGAUGAUAGCGCCGUGCUGUAUGUUAUACCGGCUGCCUGGGGCGUCUGCAAUGCCGUCUGGGAGACGCUACUGUUUGCGCUGGCCACCAGAACGCAUCCGAACCGGUUCGCCGAGAUAAUGUCACCGCUGCAGGCGUUACGCUUUCUCGGUCUGGCCAUCACCUUCGCCGGUCACGGUGUGCUGUGUGAGUCACCGAAGAUCAUCAUUCUCGCCAUCCUGCUGGUGACGGCGGUCAUACCGUACACGAUGCUCGAGCUCAAGCUCGAGAGCCAGCGGCGUGCGAUCAAGCUGAGCUUGUGACGAUUGUGUGCGCACGAUUACUAAUGUCUGGUGAAGCAGAAACACUACUGAAUGCUCACUCUCUCUGGUGCGGGUAGUGUCUUCUCCAGCAUACGAGUAUUCGUCCCGUCUCGCGGGUGAAACGAAUCCUGGUCGAAUCUUCCUGGACGCUCUCCAGGAUCAUUGUGCCGAAUUCUCAAGUUAACACAGAGGGUUGAUAGUCGUCGUCGCUGGCGGAACAACGAGAGCCUUGAAAGCACACAAUCAAUCGAAAAUGGAAGAAGGAUCACACAGACCGCGUUCCUGAUUCUCGCCGAACGGAAGCUAGUCGAAUUGCUUAAGCUGCAUUUUGAAUGAAGCGGGAGGAGCAGGAAGAUCUUGUUCAAAGGUUCCCUUCGUAGUGUCUUUCAACAACCAGUUCAACGUCGAAUGACUCUACCAGUGGCUCAACUGUAAAACUUUGCUCCUUAAACUCCUUAUCUUUCCAUUUCGAUUACAAUCACGUUCGUGGAGACGGUCCUUAAAAGGGGGUCGGUGGUAAACCGUAAAGGAUGCGCCCCCUUCUUCUGGUUAGUGGUUUUCUCAAUUUUCUAUCUUUAUUCGAAUGGCACCCAAUGGUGCACUGUUACUGUCUACCUAGCCUAACUAGAAUCAAUCACAUGGGACGGUAUCGAUAGACCCUGGGGUCGAUCCUCGGUUGCUUAUCCUAGUACAGUGCACCCUGCUAGUGCUUUCUGGUAGACUAGGUAAUACGCCGGCACUCAUUACAGAUAAGUAGAACAAACAAGGUAGAUGGUCACGCGUAGUUAAAAUUGAAUUGCAAGUCACAAACAUAUUCGCAUUUAGGAAUUGCCAAACACACGUAUCAGCCAAGAGGAACGAGCGAAAGGAUUUGUUUUUCGGUGAUCCACUACGGGACGGACCCAGUAAAUAAGCAAAGUCGUUAAGCCAGACAAGCCAACAAGGAUUCAAGCUUUAGAUCGCGAUGUGUAUCGAUGUGCCAAACAAGAAAGGUAGUAAGCGAGAGACAAAGAGAGAUUAGUAGUGGAAACCCACAUAGACGUUCCAUGGCGGUUGAGAAGGGUAGUACCAAAAAUGUGGCGAGACUCGCGUAGAACACAUUUCUGGAAUGGUUAACAGUGAGUGCCAAGGAUUGUUUCAUGUGCAUGAGUGUGUGUAUGUGUUGAAUGGAAAGAAGAAAAAAAAAACAAAAAAUGAACGUCAAACAAUAGGACUUUGCUAAGACGAGAACGAUCUUCGCUUCAUUCGCAACUCGGAUUAGUAGAAGCUUCAUCAGCCAGAGUUUUAAGUGCAGGGCAAAAAAAAAUGAAUGGUGUAGAUUAAGAACAAUAGAGAGGGGUGAGGCAUAGUUGCGGGCGAUGU